UAGUGGAGAAGUGAAGGCAAUAUGUACUUGUCAUAUGUUUGAGUUUGUGGGGAUUCUUUGUCGGCAUAUCCUAUGUGUCCUUGGGAAGAAAUCGAAAUUAGAUUUGUUGCCACAUCAUUAUAUUCUAGAGAGAUGGACCAUCAAUGCUAAGAGUCGGACUAUUCUUGACAUACCAACUUCUGAUGGGCAUGUAAUGAGACAAGAUGAUCCAAUGUUGAGAAAAAGUAAAUUGAUGAUGCAAUUCUAUGAUAUUGCCGAACUUGGCUCACAAUCAAUCCAAAAAUGUCAACACCUCUCUCUUGCCUUAGACAAGGUCCACAAGGAGUUACUGUCAAUGGAACAAGUUGAAGGAGAAAAAAAUUUGGAAGAUGAAAACAUGUCAUUGAAUGAUUCACAAAUGUUCAAAUCACAAGUCGUAUCAAAUUUUUCACAAGUUUUACAAGAUCCUCCACGGGUGGCAACUAAAGGCCGACCGAAAUCGUUGAGAGCAAAAAACCCAAAGGAGACUCAAACCGCGAAGAAAAGGCGUUGUAGCAUCUGCAAGAUUGAGGGUCAUGCUAAGAACAACUGUCCUUCAGUGAGGGAUAUUGGAAAUACAACUGGUAACAUAUCACAAAGCUUGGACCCGUCAGUUCAAAAAUGAGUUAAUAGUGUUGACGAAGCACUAGGUUGCAUUUGAGGAAGAACAUGGAGGAUUGCGGUUCAAAGGCAGUUGGAAUUGAUUUCCAGAAUGUUAUACUCAUGUUCAGUUUUAUUUCGAUUAUCGUGUUUCAGUUUCAGUUUUUUAUUUUUUUUGUGCCUGUGGCAAAUUUGAAUCUGGUUAUGUAUGUUAUAUUUGAAGCUGGGAAGGUUAAGACAAUAUUAAGU